AUGGCCAGUAACUCCUUUCAAGGAUCAUUUCCACUCUCCUUCAAGGCUUUAAGAGCACUACAAGAAGUGGAUCUUUCUCGCAAUAAGCUAUCCGGGGUGAUUCCAGAAUUUCUUGAAGAUUUGUCAUCCUUGAAGAAACUCGAUCUCUCUUUCAAUGAUUUCGAGGGAGAAGUACCAAACCAGGGGAUCUUUGCAAAUGCAAGUGCAAUUCAAAUAAUUGGAAACAAGGGUCUCUGUGGUGGAAUACCAAAACUGCAACUACCGAGCUACUCCUCCAAAGAAGCAUCUCAUAGUGGAGGGAAGGUUUCUACCAAAAUCAUAAUUUCCAUUGUGGUUUCGACAAUUGUUGUCAUUUCAUGUUUAGUUUGUAUCUUCGUUUGGAUGAAACACCCAAUUAAAAGAGCUUUUGCUGCAUCUUCUUCUGUAGAUUGGCAAUUAGGUAUCUCUUACUCGGAGCUAUUUAAAUCAACUAAUGGAUUCUCAAAGGAGAAUUUGGUUGGUCUUGGUAGCUUUGGUUCUGUAUAUAAAGCAAUUUUACAAGAAAGUGAAGCAGUAGUUGCUGUGAAGGUAUUAAACCUUCAACAACGAGGAGCUUCUAAAAGUGUGGCUGAAUGCGAGAUCUUGAAAAACAUUUGGCAUCGUAAUCUUCUCAAGAUAUUGAAAGUUUGCUCAAGUAUGGAUUUCGAAAGGAAGGAAUUCAAUGCUCUGGUUUAUGAGUUCAUGUCCAAUGGGAGCUUAGACGAAUGGUUGCAUCCAAGAAUUGUUCAGACCAAGGUUCUAAACCUUAUUCAAAGGUUAAACAUAGCCAUCGAUGUAGCCUCUACCUUGGAAUAUCUUCAUUUUGAUUGCGAAACACCUAUCAUUCAUUGUGAUAUAAAGCCAAGCAAUGUGCUUCUUGACAAAGAUAUGACUGCCAAUGUUGGUGACUUUGGACUUGCACAAUUUCUUUAUGAAAGAUCCAAUAUUUCCUUCAACAAUCAAAGUACAUCAACUGGGAUAAAAGGAUCUAUUGGGUACAUUCCUCCAGGGUAUGGUAUGGGUGUCCAAGUUUCCAUACAUGGUGAUGUAUACAGUUAUGAUUUAUUACUCGAGAUGUUUACAGGAAAAAGUCCAUCUGAUGACAUGUUUAAAGACGGUAGAAGCCUUCAUGAAUGUGCUGCAACAGCAUGGCCUGAACGAGUGAUGGAGAUUGUAGAUCCUCAUUUGUUCUUGGAAGAACAGAGAGAGAAAGAAGAUGAAGGCAUAAAAGAAAUAGACGAAUUUCCUAUAAUCCAUAAUAGGAAUGAUGGUGAUAGACAAAUAAUCAUAGAAAGCGUGGUUUUAAUAACUCAAAUUGGCCUCUCAUGUUCUGCUUUAUCACCAGAAAAUCGGGUUAUAAUGAAGGAGGUUAGACACAAGUUGCAUCCUGUUAGAGAUUCAAUUCUUCAACUUCGAAAAUCAAAAUAGAAACAAAUGUAUAGAUUUUUUUUUUGGCAUACAAAAGGAAAGAAUAAAG